GUAGACGAGAUCCAGGAUCACCUGGAGGUCAGGCCAGAGCCACCAGGCCAUGCUCCCACAGCUAAGAAAGGGUGAAGUGGAGGGGACACUAGGUACAGGCAAGGGUGCGUGGUACCACUGGGCUGUUUGCGGUCACUGGCUGACUGAUGCUGGCGCACUGGGGAGCGAUGAGGCCUGCAUUGACCCACCAAGAUGACACAUCUCUGCUCUUUCCAGCUUCAUCUCCGGCAUCGUCAGACACUAUUACCGCAGCGACGCCCACGUCCUGGCUGACUGUGAGCUGCAGGCCUGGGCAGACGAGAUCUUCCGUGAAGGCUUCCUGGGGAACGAGGCGUCCGGCUUCCCCUCAUCCCUGCAAAGCAUCCCUGAGCUUAUCAAGUACCUGACUAUGUGGAUCUACUGCUGCUCGGCCCGGCACGCUGCCCUCAAUAAUGGGCAGUACGACCAUGGUGCCUGGAUGCCCAACUUCCCGGCCACCAUGAGGAACCCCCCACCCCAGGCCAAGGGCACCACCUCCCUGGAGAGCUACCUGGACACCAUCCCGGAGGUCAACAGCACCAGCCACAUUGUCCUCACCCUUUGGGUCCUCUGCUGCAAGCCAGUGGAUUCGAGACUCCUGAGCACGUACCCUGACGAGCACUUCACGGAGGAGGAGCCCAAGCGGCUGAUCGCAGCCUUCCAGGGGCACCUGGCCCAGAUCUCCCAGGAGAUCCAAGAGAGGAACAAAUCCCUGCCCAUCCCCUACCACUACCUGGAUCCCCACCAAAUCGGGAACAUCACGUCCAUCUGA